AGGAUUCAUGGUUAUCUCAAGAUGGGCGCUGGACAACGCGUCUUCCUCAGCAUGGCUCCACAUGCUGCUUCUUUUCCAAACCGCAAAAAUGGAUGGUGAAAGAACCAGGCAGCUAAAGGAGGGCUUCUUGUAGAUGGUUAGCAAUUGGCAAUAGCUCUAGCAGGAAUGCAGCGUAGCCAGCCAGCGCCGUGUGAGCUUGACAGCCUGCCUUUCUUGUUUGGCCACCACUUCGUAUUGGGCCUUAAAUGGCGGUCAUGAAGUUCAAUAUGGAUAAGAGAUGCAGCGUGCAAGCCCUAAGACUGACAAAGUUGUUUCGUUUGGAGCCUGCAUGUAAGCUUUCCACAGCCACCAACUAGGGGUGGUGGGAAAUAAUGUCGCUAUUAGUGAUUGGUCCUUGCGGACCUGCUGGUCUGAAUAAGCCCUGCGGAGGCGCCUCUCUUCUAAAUCCGCCAGCAGCUCCUUGUACUCUUCCCGGAUUUGCGCAAGGAAGCGUCUCCUAUCCUAGAGCUAGCUACUUGUUUGGGGUUGGCGUCAGCAGACCUUAUUCGAGCAAAUCUUGUUUGAGUGACCCUCUGCGUGGCAGCCCCGUAGAAUGCAAACCUGAGCUGAGUGGCCCUCCGUUAAGCAAAUCGGGCUACAGCAAACCCCACUGGUUAGUCCGCAAAGGCAGGCGAAAAGGGGCGCCAUGCUGGGCCGCCGCCGCUGCCGCCCCCGCCGCUUCGCGCGGGUCAAACCCGGCGCCAAGGUUGAUAGCCAGCGUACAGGCUCCCUCGUGGAUUCCAAGCGUCCCGGGACAGGGCGUGUACCGAGACCUCACAUUUGCGUCGAUCGGCGCGGGGUUUGCUUUGCUGGUAGCGAUCUUUAUUGGUCAGUGGUGGACAAGUCAGAACCUGGCGAUGUUCAACUAUCGGGCGUCGGACAAGGUCAACACGAUCCCGGAGCCGGGGCCGACGGGGCAGAAGGAGAGCGUAGAGUGGGUCAACAUGGUGGUUGGCAAGAUGUGGAAGAUCUACCGGCGGAGUGUUGAGAAGUGGAUUGUGGACAUCCUGCAACCGGCGAUUGACAAGCUGGCAAAGCCAGAUCUGAUUGACCGGAUCGAGGUGGCAGAACUCAACCUCGACUACGAACCGCUGGCCUUUCGCAACGUCCAACGCAUCACGUCGAGGCGCGCAAACGAUCUGCAGUACCAUAUUGGUCUCCGUUACACGGGCGACGCACGCUGCCUCCUUAACCUCCACCUCAAAGCCAGCGCGUUCGGAACCAACAUUCCGGUGGGAGUCUACGACCUCGACGUGGACGCGGAACUGUGGGUUAAGAUCCGGUUAGCGCCGAUUGCGCCGUACGUUGGGACGGUGUCGCUCGCGUUUGUGCGCCUCCCGACGAUCAAGCUGGUGCUGGCGCCGUUCCGACUGGUCAAUCUGUUCGCAAUCCCGUUCCUAUCCAGAUUCCUGACCAAGCUGCUGACCAUCGACCUCCCCAACCUAUACGUCCUCCCCCGGCGUAUAAACUUCGACAUCAUCCCCCAGGAGCAUAGCUUCGCCUCUCACAUCGUAGAGGCCGUCCGGAUCGGCCCCGGUACCACUGCUUCCCCGCCAAAGAUCGCGACAACCGAAGGGUUUAAGGGCGAGUUAACGGUAACCCUCUGCGAGGCGCAGAAUUUGCCGAUCGGGGGGCUGAUCGGUUGGAGCAACCCGUAUUGCACGCUCGCGAUUGGGGAGCAAUGGGUGGAGAGCAAGAAGAACAGCGAGACGUCGCACCCGUCUGGCCACAAGAACCCGGUUUGGAACCAGGACUUCCAGUUCCUGGUCUCGAACCCCAGUCGGCAGCACGUGAAGGUGUAUGUGCGGGACAGCCACCUCACGUUCAGCCCCAACAUUGGCGUCUGCGAGGUGCCCAUCUGGAAGCUGAAAGACUGCGUGCCCACCGACGUCUGGGUCCCCCUGAAGCGCGAGGGGCCCUUUGGCGUGCGGCGCGUGGCCGGUUCGGUGCGCCUUUUGCUGACGUACAAGUCGUUCGUGGAUGACGACUCGGAGUUCGGGACCGACCCAUCGGACGGCUCUCAUCAAACGAUCAAGAUUUACUCGGAGGGCGAGACGGAGGAUGCCGCGAUGGGAGCGGCAGCCGCGGCGGCAGACGAUGCCGAGAGCCAGCUGAAGCAGGGGAAGAGCGCCGGGUUCGCCGAGGUGGCGACCAGCGACGAAACGGGACUCGAAAACGGCCGCGCGGUCGCUGAGGUAACCCGGUUCCAAACCGAGGAGGCAUCGUCUUCGGGUCCACCGCCCAGCAAGGCCAAAAAGCGGUCUCACGUGGAGAACGGCGCGACGGAUCCAAAUUUCAAGAACCGGCACGCGGCUGGUGACUUGUCAGAGGCUGGCGAGGAGCCGGGUUCUGAAAGUGGGGCAGAUGGGGGCGGUUGGGCUGCUUCCGGCGAGAAGGGGUGGGCGUUUUUGGUUAACGAGGUUGUGUCCAAGGUUAGGGAGCUGGCGGACCGGGACGAAGAGGGCUCCGCUAAAGGGCACCGGAAGAAGAAGGUGGUGGUUAGAGCGCUGGGGGAGAAAGCGGACGGCGAAGAUUCGGACGGCGCCAUCUGGACGGAAGUGUCCGAAAAGAUCAUGGGCGGUAUCGGACUGGGGGUUCAAUUUUGGGGCGAAAAACACCGGGGGGAAGGCGAGAGCGGUUCGGACGGGAACGGGCGUCCGAAGGUGUUGGGUGGCGGGAUUGGGACCGUGAAGGAGGACGGGACGACCGACGUCAUCCCGACGGGGAGUGACGUCAGGGAGCGGUUCGACGAGUUUUUCGAGAACGGCGCGGGGGAGACGGUGGACGAGAAGGGACGGCCAACGAGGUGGAGCGCGGAGGUGCGCGAGUUUGUCGAAAAGGGGGGGUACGAAAACGGUGCGGCGGCGAUCCGCGCGAAGAAGCAGGAGACGCGGUGGAAGGGCACACGCGACUUCUUGGAGCGGUGGGGGCGGGAAAGUGAAAACGGAAACGAAAACGGAAACGGAGCGAGCGUCAGCGGGCGAGGGAAAGUAGGGGUUCUGGAAAACGGGAAGUUCGUCAAGUUCUUCGAUACAGGGAACGGCCACCACGCGGAGCAUCGAGGGGGGUGGGGCGUGGGGUCGACGUCCGGUGAAAAUCACAGUAACGGGAAAGCGGGGUUGCGAGGAAGGACGAAUGAUGGAAGGGCCCGUUCAGACCGGGGGCGGGAAGAAUUUGGAUCGGGCCGCACAGCGGUGCUCGAACGGACUGAGUUGAAUACAGAUAGAGAGAACAGGGUUUUCGAGAGUAGCAGUAGUAGAGCGCAAAGCGACGAGGCAUCGGAACCGAGUGUUAGCGAUAGAAAAAAAGGCGAAGCCGUGGCCGGGCAAGCGAACCCCGUCGCCAUCGUGCUGGUAGCUGUUGCCGUUGCAGUGUUAUUGGCAUGGGGCCACGUGCAGGCAAUGAAAUUAGCAACGCUGCCUUUCAUUGGUAGCUAGGCUAGCUUAGGCAGAGUGCAAAGCGCAGGAAUCAAGGACACGUGUGUGCAGUUUGAUUCAUAUUGGCAUGCAACCAAUUAGGCAAUCCUUAUCGAUCCUGAAUUGAGAAGGAUACCAACUCAGUGUGGUGCAAAUGGG